AUGCGUGCUGUACUUACACCUCCUAUAAUGAUGUUUGUUGGAUUCUACGCAGUCUUAGACCCUUUCAUCAAUGGCCCAUGGGUUCAAGCAAACAUGGAUUUCAUCUCAGGAUCAGUAGAAAUAAAAUUCUGGGAUUUCUUUACCGAUAGUUACGAAAAGCCUUGGACUCGCUGUCCACCUUUCUUGAUAGGAAUGGCUGCGGGUUAUAUACUAUCACUGGGGAAGAAACCAAAGUUGAACAAAUUUUUCAUUAUACCACUUUGGAUAUUGGCAGCUGCAGUCGCGUUAGCCUCCCUCUACGGUUCCCACGACUAUCAAGCAGGAGAUGAUGCAUGGAGGUAAGA